UUCUAUAUAUAAGUAAGUAUCAUAUUAGCGACAUGUAUGUCAUCAUCAAUCCAUCUCCAAAAUAGAUUUUUUUUUUUCAAUUUUUGUGACAAACAAAUGGCAGAAGUUAGAACACAUAAACUUGUUGAGAAAUGUGAUGUUGCUCGAGCAUCACUUCCUAGUUCUACAACAAGAACAACCUCGUCUCUUCCCCUCUCAUUCCUUGACUUGCCUUUAGCUGGUCCUGUUUAUGUCAAACGCCAAUUCUUCUAUCAGUUUCCCCACUCCACACACCAUUUUUGUGAAACUACACUCCCCACUCUCAAGCACUCUCUCUCUCUUAUCCUUCAACACUUCUUUCCUCUAGCUGGAAAUCUCCUUUGUCCUCCACCACCCCACAAGCCUUUCAUUCGCUGCACUGAUCAUGACACUGUCCCUUUAACCAUCAUUCAAUCCAAAUCUGAUUUCAUUCAUCUCUCAUCCAACCACCCUAAGAGUCUCCAAGAAUUGAAUCACCUGAAUCCCGAGUUGACAUUCGCAACCAUGCACGAUGACACGUUCAUUUUCCCACUAGUCGCAUUACAAGCCACGGUGUUCGAAAGCCAUGGCCUUUGCAUCGCCAUCACGUACUGUCAUGUGAUGGAUGGUAAGUGUUGCAAUCAUUUCAUGAAGUCUUGGUCUUCCCUUUGUCAAAGUGGUGGAGUUGACUUGACACUUGUAGAGAAUUCACCACCGUGCUUCGAUAGGGAAGUAUUGAGGGACCCCAGAGGAGGAAUCGAGGACAUUUUUUUGAGAGACUAUUUUGAAGAGAGAUCAACUUGGAAGGACAAGCUCAUUGAUCAAACUCCUAAACAUGAGGAGUAUUAUAAGGCGACGAUUGUUUUUGGGAGAGAUGACAUUGAGGGCUUAAAAAGAUGGGUUCUGGCACAGUGGAAGAAAAAUGACGAGUUUAACUCCCCGCAAUAUUUGUCAAAAUUUGUGGUUGUUUGUGCUCUUGUGUGGACUAGCUUGGUUAAAACAAGAUGCAAAGAUGAUGAUGAUGAUGAUGAAGAUGUAAAAGAAGAAUACUUUCGUUUCGCUGUAGAUUGCAGAGGUCGCCUUGGUUAUCCUAUGCCAGAAGCAUACUUUGGAAACUGCUUAGCGCUGUGUUAUGCCAUGCUUAAGAGAAAUGAGCUUAAGGGAGAGGAUGGUUUUGUAAAUGCGGUGAAGGUAAUUGAAAAGACAGCGAGUGAUAUGAAAAGUGAGCCUUUUAAAGAAGCAGAACAUUGGAGGAGUUUGUUUGUGAAAACGUUUGUGUUGGGAACUCCGUUGCUAGUUACUGGGUCACCUAACUUCGAAGUUUACGAGACUGAUUUUGGAUUUGGAAGGCCUACCAAAGUUGAAAUGGUACAUUCCUUCAAGUGCAUGUCUCUAGCCGAAAGUAGAGAUGAGGAAGGAGGACUUGAGGUUGGUUUGGUGUGUAAGAGUGAGGAGUUUGAAUAUUUAUUUUAUGUCAUUCAACAAGGAAUACAAACUACAAAAUCCUCGGUGUGUUAAUUACUGAGAUAUUUAAAUAAAUAAAAAACAAAGUAAGAUCCAAGAUUAAUUUUGUGUUAAGUUAACAUGGUUGACUUUAACUUCCUCCAGUCUAAUGGUUUGAAUUUCUGUUUUUGCAACUUGGUUGUUUAGUUCCAAUGGGUGAUUUUUAACACCAUUAUUGGCUAA